CCCCCUUAAUACGGAGAGCCCUCCGCAGCUGCGAGUGUGACUACAUUUGGAGCGACAGGCCGUGGUGAGGGGGCCAGUGGGGAGGGACCGCCGGGCUGAGCAAGGGCAGCGGCGGCACCGUUCGCGCCCAGUUCACGCGGCACGCAGUGCACGAGAAACGUCUCACUCACUGAUGUACACAUUGGUUUGCAACCUCUGAUCGGUGGACUCUAUGAACACAGCAAAGACAGGAGUCUUUAGCUCUGAUGGAAUCUGAAUUUUACUGGAAAGAAAGAACAGCUCAUCUGCUUUCCAUUCCUACAUCCUUCUGAGGGACAUGGACGCCAUGGAGAACCCGGUCCUGGAGCCCAGGUCAGAGCGGAUCGCUCGCUACAAGGCCGAGAGGAGGCGAGAACUGGCUGAGCGUUUCGGCAACACGGAGGAACUGCCAUCCAAGUGGGUGAGGAGGGAUGGGAAGGAGGUGCACGAGCCGGCAACCCAAGCCCACAGAGGGAUGUUGAACUUGGACGACCUGAGUGAAAGAGUGAACGGCAGGACGCAAGGGGUUACAAAUGGAUUAGAGGCAGACACUCCUGCAGAGUCCAGCUACCUGGGAAGGCAGGGUUCCCAGGACUCUGCCAGCAUGCUGAGUGGGGAGGGGCACCACGUCCCUGGUGGACUCGUUGCCCCACAGCUCCACACUCGGGUGUCGGUAGGCCAGUUGAGAAGUGCCCUCCUGCAGCAGACGGGGAGCGGAGCGCAGCCCGAGAAAGUCUGCCCAGAUACUGGGCGAGCCACGACCUCUCUGGACUUGGCUGUGAAGCCGGGCUCCGAGGGGGGCCGGCGCCGCACGCGCCGCUACCUCCCCGGUGGGUCCGGUGGCGGUCGCAAGACCAGCGAACGCUUCAGGACACAGCCGAUCACAGCCAAUGAGAUGGAGGAGAGCAGCGGGAUGUUGGACGCAGAGGAGGAGGAGAACUGUAAAGCUGAUGUGAAAACAGACGACAGAGCCAAAAUGAGUGUGGCAGCCAAGAUGUCUUUGUUUAAAGAGCUGGAGAAGUCUGCAGCCCCCGAGGCCUCGGCCUUCCUGAAGCCUCGGUCAGGCAGCGUCUGCCAUGAGCGCAGGGUGCGCCGUGGCAACGACCAUCGCUUCCUUACUCAGCCAAUCACCUGUGAGGAAAUGGUGGCUAUCAGUGCCCCCAAACCAGCACUUCCAGUGGAGUCCCAGUGUGUGCAGGGGGAGUCAGAGGAGGAUGCAGACGAGAGCUGCAGGCUGAGCAUGAGCGAGAAACUGGCCCUCUUCAACAACCUGUCUCUACCGGGGAGGCAGGGGGCCGCCCAACCCGACGGGCCCCCAGAGAGGCGAAGGCAGAAGGGGGCUCGGUACCGCACACAGCCCAUCACUGUGGAGGAGGUCAACCUGCUCCAGAAAGGCCCCGUACAGCUUCCUGCCUUCUGUUUGUCCCCUCAUCUGUCCGACAGACAGCAGGCCUCGUCUGUCAACCUAAAACCCAGUGAGGUUCGUCUCUCUAAGCCAAGACCGGACACAGAGCCUGGUCCCGGCCAGCAGGGCCAGCAGCGCCACGACUCUGAGCCUGGCUUGAGAGGAAUCCUAAAGAAGAGCCGCUCCGGAGGCUCGGAGUGGAGCAGGACGGAGGACGGUCAGGCGGAUGCACCGUAUAUCCAUGAACAGAACGGUGGAGGUUGUGGAGAAACAGUGAUACAGGGGAGGAUGGAGGGAACAGAGAGGCAAGAAAUUGCUGCAGCGCCACGGAGAGAGAGAUGUGAGGCUUCAAGUGCGGAGGGCGUCUCGGUGACCGCCGCUCCCUGGAGGCAGAGGGCUCGAAACAGGAGGGAAACCAUCGCCUGUACACCGAUCAUAGUGUCGACAGAGCAGGACGCUCCUCGGGAGGAGAGGCCCUGUCAGGCCAAGCUACAGGAGCAGCUGGGCUCCUCUGUGGAAUACAGCUCAGACACAACUGGGAGAGUCCUGCAACAGGAUGAGGAAGGGACUGCGAGGAAGAUCAAUGAAGAGACCACAGCCACGGGACGUGUUCAGGUUACACUGGUGGACAGCACCUCUAAACUGCAGGAGACAACCAGCAUCAGCAGCAGUAAGGAAGAGUCAGAAAACCCUCAUGCUGAAAGUGUCAACGCUCACUGCUGGGAACCCGUCUUUGCCUCUGUCUAUUCUAGCACUACGCCCCAAUAUAUCAUGUGUUUCAAUCAGACAAAUCUGUCCUUUGAGGCGCAAGAAGUCCCCUCUCCCACCAAGAACCCCGCGCAACCUCAGUGGAGACAGAAGGGUAAGGCAGUCGAGGAUGGAGCGUUUCAGACGGACAGAGCCGAGGAAUAUGACGCACAGCAGGAAAGAGAAGAGCGGGAGACUGGACACACGGCCAGUAGAGAGGCAGACACGAAUGAGACCUCUGAUAACAAGAGAACAUGCACUGAAGCUCCCGUGUGUGCAUAUGAAGAGACCUCCCUUCAGCCUGCGAUGGAGUUUGAAGCUCCGCAGAGCUCUCCACUCUCGGUGCCUCCACCUGAGGCGAAGGAGGAGGCGCUUGCGGAUGAAUCCGGCGCGUUUGAUGGAGGUUUCUACAGCGAUCAGUCGUCUCCCUCCACCUGCGCCCCCCCACCCUGUGGAGACGGUGCCGCCACAGAGAACGAGCAGGACCUGGCUGUCCUCUGCCAGACCAACACACCAAUACUAACUUCAGCAGUAGCAGAGCACAGGCGGUCGGUGCGUCCGUCCCGCAGGACUCAGGGCUCCAGGAACCCUCUGAGGGCCCUCGCUGCCAGAGAGGACAUCAGGCAGGACUACAUGGGAGAGAGAGUCAACACGUCUGCUGAGGAACAGAUCCAAACAGAGAAGAAGUCUAAGAACUCCUCUGUGGCAGAUUCACAUCCUGUCAGAUCAGAGGACGCCGUCUUCUCCUCAGAUGCUGCGACUACCAAGUCUUACCCUCCCUUCAGCAGCCUGAUGCUCGUUCACAUCAAAGGUAGGCGGCAUGUGCAGGUGCGUCUGGUGGAGCCCUCAGUGCGGUCGCUCAACAGUGGAGACUGCUUCCUGCUGGUCACUCCAGAGAAUUGCAUCCUGUGGAGCGGAGAGUUUGCCAGCGAACAAGAGAAAGCCAAGGCCUCGGAGCUGGCAUCAUUCAUCCAGAGCCAGAGAGACCUCGGCUGUCAGGCCUCCCAGGUCGUCCAGCUGGAGGAGGGGCUGAACUCUGACAGCAGCGUGGCCGCAGACUUCUGGAGCCUGUUAGGAGGACGGACACACUACAGAGGAGCUGGUGCACCUGAGGAGGACGAGUUCUUUGAGCGCGGCGUGGUGGAGUCCAACUGUGUGUACAGACUGGUGGAGAACAGACUGGUGCCUCACGAACAAGCCUGGGCCUCCAUCCCCACCAUCUCUCUGCUGGGCUCCACUGAGGCCCUGGUGUUUGAUUUCGGCAGUGAGGUGUACCUGUGGCAUGGACAAGAUGUUUCCUUCAGCAGCAGAAAUGUUGCUCUGCAGCUGACUCACCAGGUGUGGGUCGGAGCUUAUGACUACAGCAACUGUCGAGUCAACCCACUGGAUCCCACGCAGUGUAACCCCAGCAUUCAGCUGAGGGGAGAGGGUCGUCCCAGCUGGGCGUUGUUCGGCGUCCUCUCGGAGCGCAACGAGACAUCUCUGUUCAGAGAGAAGUUUAAGGACUGGACGGGCGGGAGUGGAGACAGGGAGGAGGCUUUACUUAACAAGGAGACACAGUCUGUCCCAGUUCAGGCGUCCCAGUCCAUCUCCCCAGCAUCAGACCUCCUCAGCCCCUGCGACGCUAAGGCUCUAGUGACGGGCCAGUCGCUAGAAGGAGACGGGUUGGUCCACAGCGUGCUGGGCGGGCUAGAUGUCCAGAGAGGUCACGGUGUCAUCACGCUGGAGGAAGGGCGUCAGAUGGAGCUGAAAACGGUUGCAAUUGACACCUGGCACGUCCAGGAGUUUGAUGACAGUGAAAUUCCUGUGGCGAGCACAGGACAGCUUCAUGAGAGAGACUCCUACGUCAUCCGCUGGACGUACAGCGUCAGUACUGUUGAUAAGACGAACAGUUCGGAGGAUGGUAGCAGUAGUCCUGGACAAAAAGAAAACACUGCUUUCUUCCUGUGGCGCGGCCGUCAUUCCAGCGUCAGUGGACGUGACACUGCGGCUUUCCUGUCCAUUGGGAUGAACAACCUUGAAGAAUCACAGGUGGUUGUACCUCAGGGGAAGGAGCCUCCCUGUUUCCUGCAGCUUUUCCAGGGAGGCCUGGUCAUUCAUAAGGGCCGGCGAGAGGAGGCCUCCACUAACGCAGUGGAGUGGCGUCUGUUCUGUGUGCAAGGGGAGCUCCCAGAGGAGGGAUCUCUGUUAGAGGUGGAUUGCUGCUGUGCAGGUCUUCGAUCCAGGGGCUCUGUCGUCCUGCUGAACAGCCAGCAGGGGGUGCUGUACCUCUGGACAGGUUGUAAAACCCAGGCCAGCACCAGAGAGGUCAGCAAGAGGGCAGUGGAGUGUCUCACUCAAAUGUGCCCACCAGAGCUGGGUCUCAGCACAGGCAGUCCUGUGAAGGUGGAGGUGGUAGAAGAAGGUUCGGAGCCUGCAGACUUCUGGACAGCACUGGGACAGAUGGACAGGAAGGCCUAUGACUGCAUGCUGCAAGAUCCAGGAAAGUACAACUUCACACCUCGUCUCUUCCAUCUGAGCGCCUCCUCUGGGAGCUUCCAGGGCGAAGAGCUGCAGAGUCCAGGCCGGCUGCCGGGGCUCGUGAUGGCAAUGCCCUUUGUCCAGGAGAGCCUGUACUCUGUACAACAGCCAGCCUUGUUCCUGCUAGACAACCGUCUGGAGGUCUACCUGUGGCAGAGGGGUCAGCCUGAGCAGACUGAGAGCUCAGCUUCGGCCUGGAGCCGCUGGCACAAUGAGAGGAGGUGCGCCAUGCAGACGGCGCUGCAGUACUGCAAAGAGAUGAACCCAAGACGCCCACCUCAGGCGUACCUCAUCUUAGAGGGGUCUGAACCUCUCACCUUCACUAAUGUCUUCCCCCACUGGGAGAGGAGCCUGGGACCCCACACACAGGGCGACACAGGGAGGGUAAAGCUGACCUUGGUGCAGGACGCCCUGGCCCAGCUCAUGAAGACCCAGUACCCUCUGGAGGAGCUGCUGCGGAGCCCCUUACCUGAAGGAGUGGACCCCCAGCAGCUGGAGGUCUACCUGUCUGACCAGGACUUCCAGACUAUUUUGGAAUUGAAGAGAGAUGAAUACGCCUCCCUCCCGAGCUGGAAGCAAAUUGAUCUGAAGAAAAGCAAAGGGUUGCUUUGCUAGACAGUGAGAACACGUGGAGGCUGACUGACGCUCCUGUAGCAGGGACUUCCUCCUCCUCUGAGAAGGGAAGAUGGCAGGGGGACAUUACCCCCAUGUUGUUGCACAAAGGACUACUCACAACGUAAUAAAAAGAAGAAAAAAAUUCACUUUUAUUUAUGUCAAAUUAGUAUGGUGUGUGGACUUUUUAUCGGACAUGGAUUUCUCUGUAGCUAUUGUCCAGAGCAAAAACAAAACACAUUUUCCUAUGAAACUUCAUUUUAUCUGUACAAAUCAAUGAAAGAUAAAAAAAGAAAAGGUGUGUGGGAGUAAAAGGACAUUAGUAACAAACUGUGGGAUAAGGAUGCGAAAACAAAGGAGUGCUUACAAAAGAGAUCAAUGCUAAUAAACAAUGUAAACAAGAAAAAAAA